UUGUUAAUAUGGCAGAUAUCUGUGUUCUCUGGUGUUGUUUAAGUUCGACAAACUGUACGAUAUAAGUAGUGAAAAUACUAUAUUUGUUAACUGGUGCGCUUAAGAUGUACGUGAAAUUGUGACUUUUGUGAUAAAAGUGGUAGUCGCCAGUUGGACUCCGUGUGCGGAAUCUAGUAUAUGUUUAAAUUAUUUAAACGUAACACGUUCAUUCCAAGUCAACAACAUCGACUUUUUGGUGUUUUUUUUUCCCCUUUAUUAUUUAUUAUUAUUUUUUUUUCUUUUGACGUUCAUCUACUCUGUUUAUCAUGACUUCAAUUCAAUACUCGCUGCAGUGAUUUACAGCUGGGACUUAUAAAAUAGCACACGUAGGAACGAGUGAGUCAGUCAACGGGGUGGUAUUAUCCACAGGCUCAAUGCCAAAACUAGUAUAGGAUUAUAGUGCUGUCAUUGCCAUUGUAUAAAACAAGAAGAUAGAAUUGUGACUUAAAGAAAAGUGUGUUGGUGUGCCCCAGCAGGUACUUUAUAGUGGAGCCAUCGGGCUAUGGCCAACCUGAACUUUGAACAACUGCCACGCAGUAUAGCGAACGCAAGCCUUACCUCGCGUGGGGGUGGUGGGGGGGGCUUAAGCUCGUCGACCCUUCCGGGUCAUGUCACGCCUACCUCGGGCAUGUUCUCAGGGUCGUCUGCAAGUACAUCGAGUACAGCAAACUCAACCGCUGUCGGGGCCAACGUCUACCCAGGUGGAACCGGAGGCGCACAACCUGCCGCGCAUCCUACCCAACAACAACAACUCUCACCUAUGGGGAGCAGAGGGCUCUUUGGGCAGAGAGUUUUCCCUGACAGACGUGCCAUGCCUGCUAUUGGGAACUCAAACCCAAUGGGUAGUAUGGGCAGUUUUGGAAUUCAUCCAAGUCGCAGUUACGGAUCUCAAGGUGCGAUCAACAAUUUCCACUCUGUAUUUGGGAGUGGGGGUGGGGGAGACACCAGCACCCCUCCCCUUCUGGACCUGUCGGAGUUCCCCUCACUGACGAACAGAGGCCAGGGUGACUCUAUGCCUCAGCCAAGUCCUAUGCCGGGCAAGCAACCCUAUGUUGGCAUGGUAAAGCAGCCAACGUCAGAAGCAAGUGAAUUUACUAUGAGCUCAGAAGACUUUCCUGCAUUACCAGGCACACAAAGCAGGGAAGGACCGUCACCUGGUGGCAGUGUUUCUGGAGACAAGGGAAUGGUUGUGGGACUUGGUCCAGAAAUUGGCCAAGAUGUACUCCAAGUGAAUAGAGCUCCUGGCUCUGAAAAGUCACUGGCAUCGAAAAGAGGCAUUCAAACAUCACCUGAUGGGAAAGUCACGCACAUACCUGCAAGUAUGGUAAAGGAUCAAUUCGGGAUGGUGGGACUGUUGACGUUUAUCAGAGCAGCAGAAACAGAUCCGAAUCUCGUAUCAUUGGCGUUGGGGCAGGACCUCACCGCCCUUGGGCUUAAUCUUAACUCACCCGAAAACCUUUAUCAGAAUUUUGGUGGACCUUGGGCGGAAACACCCUGUCGACCCCAGGACAUCGAUUUCCAUGUACCACCAGAGUAUCUCAUUAAUGCCUCUAUCAGGGAUAAACUGGCACCUGUUAAACUAAAUCGGUAUAAAGAUGAUCUCCUAUUUUAUAUGUUUUACACGAACGUUGGAGAUGUGUUACAACUUGCGGCAGCAGCAGAAUUGUAUAGUCGAGAAUGGCGGUAUCACAUGGAAGAGAAGGUAUGGAUCACGCAGGCACCGGGUUUGGGUCCUGUCGAAAAGACAUCAACAUACGAACGGGGUACUUAUUACUAUUUCGAUGCGCAAAAUUGGCGAAAGGUUGCGAAGGAGUUCCAUUUAGAUUACACUAAGUUGGAAAACAGGCCGCAUCUCCCCGCCACUUUUCACCAAUCCCAGCCUUGACUACAGAUCUGUCUGCAGACUCUUGUGUUGUCUUUAAGCUGGAAUAAAUUCAGCUAUUGUAUAAAUGAACAAAUUUAAUAAUCUUUAAUAAAAACAUAAAAUUCAAAGAGUAAUAAACCAAGUUUCUUGCUAAAA